UUCACUUCCAAGGCUCAAGUAAACAAUGUAGUAAUAUGAAUAAAGCCAAAUAGUACUAACUUGCAUUCACAUAGUCGGCACAUCAAGAGUUUUUGGAUCGUGAUCGAACAAUUCUGAUUUUAAGCUCGAUAUUUUAGUUAUUUUAAAAAUCAAAAUAUGUAUUAAAAUUUGAACUAUCUGAUCUUGAUAUAACUACUUCGGAUAUGCCAACUGUAUGAACGCAACUUUUCCUUAUCGCAGGAAAUCCGAUCCGUGCUUGAUUGAUUGAAGAGAAUUAAGCUUCUAAGAUAGCUAGCCAUGGUCAAAAGUGAGCCUCCACCACGCCUUGAGGGUAAAUAUGCUGCAGUAGUGAUUUGCUGGCUUCUUGGCAUUGGUGGUCUUUUCUCUUGGAACAGUAUGCUCACAAUUGUAGAUUACUAUAUUUACUUGUUUCCGAAAUACCACCCCUCUAGGGUGCUUACCCUUGUAUAUCAGCCAUUUGCUUUCAUAACAUUAGCAAUUCUGGCUUACAACGAGGAAAAAAUAAAUACAAGGCUGCGGAACCUGUUUGGAUAUACUGUCUUUUUCUUCGGCAUUUUGGCAUUGUUAAUUUUGGAUUUAGCAACAUCUGGUAAAGGAGGGAUUGGAACUUUCAUUGGUAUAUGCAUAGUUAGUGCGGUAUUUGGAAUGGCAGAUGCGCAUGUACAAGGAGGAAUGGUUGGAGACCUAUCCUACAUGAUUCCGGAAUUCAUUCAGUCUUUCCUUGCUGGUUCUGCAGCAUCUGGUGCGCUAACAUCUGCUUUGAGGUUAAUUACAAAAGCAGUAUUUGAAAAUUCUCCAGACGGUCUUCGCAAAGGAGCUAUUCUAUUCUUUGCCCUAUCAUCAUUUUUCGAGCUUCUGUGUGUUAUUCUCUACGCAUUUGUCUUUCCAAAAUUACCAAUCAUCAAGUACUACCGUUCAAAAGCAGCGUCUGAAGGAUCCAAAACUGUUUCAGCUGACCUUGCUGCCGCAGGCAUCAAGGCUUCACCCGGCGGAGCCUCGGAAGAUUCAAAACAACAGGAACGCAAAGGAAUAAAACAAUUGUUAUUGGAAAACAUUGAUUAUGCACUUGAUUUGUUCCUAAUAUAUGUGCUAACACUGUCUAUUUUCCCUGGAUUCUUAUCAGAAGAUACUGGGUCGCACAGUUUAGGCACCUGGUAUGCUCUUGUUUUAAUUGCUAUGUUUAAUGUGUGUGAUCUUAUCGGAAGAUACAUUCCACUUGCAAAAAUCUUGAAGAUGGAGUCUAGAAAGUUGAUCACUACAGCAGUCAUUUCUCGAUUUUUACUUAUUCCAGCAUUUUAUUUCACUGCAAAGUAUGGUAAGCAAGGUUGGAUGAUAAUGUUGACAUCUUUCUUGGGGUUAUCUAAUGGUUACCUCACUAUCUGUGUUUUCACUUCUGCACCAAAAGGUUACAAGGGACCUGAACAAAAUGCUUUGGGAAACAUGUUGGUAUUGUGUCUUCUUGGAGGUCUUUUUGCAGGGGUAAUACUUGACUGGUUGUGGUUAAUAGGUAAAGGAUGGUGAGAUUUUAUAUUAAUUAACCAAGGUAAACUAGGGAAAUGGAAGAGGCAUUCAUUGUUCAUAAAUAGAUGUGGAAACGUGUUGAAUUUUGCACUCUUAUAUUCGUAUCCUUAAUUGUGAAUAUAUUAAUAACGCCUUGGUCAAUUUGAUGGGAA